AUGAAUCCAUCGGAUCAACUACGUAUCGUUCUAAUAGGUAGAACAGGCAAUGGCAAAAGUGCUACUGGAAAUACAUUAUUACUAUCUCGAAAUGCUUUUCAUUCUUUACAGUCAGCGCGAUCAGUUACUACAGAUUGUGUGGCACACACUGUUCAACGAACAGAUGAUUCUGGAAGAGCUAAGUCAAUUCUUGUGGUCGACACACCGGGAUUUUUUGACACUGAUACCAAUAUUACUAAUGAGAUAGUCGAGAGAAAGAUCGAUUCACAAAUAUUUGAAAUGACAUCACCCGGUGUUCAUGCCUUUUUGAUCGUACUUCGUAUUGGCCGAUUCUCUCCUGAAGAAAGAAACACUGUCGAUUUUAUUCGAACUAUUUUUGGUCCAAAUGCUGCUAACUAUUGCAUUGUCGUCUUCACUCAUGAAGAUCAAUUAGAAGGACAACCCCUAGAUGAUUUUAUUGCGUCAUCGUCAGCGUUGCAAGAGCUGGUCAAUAUCUGUGGAAAUCGUAAAUUCGCUAUUAAUAAUAGAUUGCUUGGUGAACCUUCGGAAAGAAAAACUCAACAUCUAUUGGGAAUGAUUCAAAGAAUGGUCAAUGUCAACAAUGGAACUUGUUAUACCAAUGCAGAAUAUGAGCGCAUUGAACAAAAGAGACGGAAAGAAGAAGCAGAACGUAAAGAAAGAGAACGCAAGCAAAAAGAGGAAUAUGAAACAAGUUGA